AUGGGGACCGACUCGAUGACUUGCCCUGGAUUGAUCUCCAAACACAGCAAUAGCGAGAUCGCGAAACAGAAGAAGAUGAAGAAGGAACCCUUCGAUUCCAAGUUGAUUCAGAAGGAAACUGGAAGUAGUAACCCUCACGUUAUUACGACUUCGAAACUGUCGCUGGCUCUUCAAGAGGAUUCACAAAGUAGUGUGAGCGGAUGCAAUGUCGGUAGUGGUGAUGAAGAUGAGGAUGAGAAUUACUCCUCUGAUUACUCGUCAUGUGACGAGAAGAAUGAAGAGUCGUUGAAAGAUUAUAAACCUGGUGGAUACCAUCCCGCAUUUAAAGGUGAGGCAUAUAAGAAUGAUCGUUAUAUCCUUGUGCGGAAAUUGGGGUGGGGUCACUUCUCUACUGUUUGGUUGGCGUUAGAUUCAUUAAAUGAUACACAUGUUGCCAUGAAGAUUGUCAGGAGUGAUAAAGUUUAUACAGAGGCAGCCUUGGAUGAAAUUAAGCUAUUGAAUCAAUUGAGCCAGUCUUGGUCUGAGGUACAUAGAGGAGCCAAACAUAUCUUAACAUUAUUGGAUAAUUUCAUGCAUUCAGGGCCUAAUGGAAACCACGUGGUCAUGGUCUUCGAAGUAUUAGGUGAAAAUUUAUUGGCUUUAAUUAAAAAGUAUGAACAUAGAGGCAUUCCACUAAUUUACGUGAAACAAAUAUCCAAGCAAUUGUUAUUAGGAUUGGAUUAUAUGCAUAGACAAUGCGGAGUUAUUCAUACAGAUAUUAAACCAGAAAAUAUACUAAUGGAAAUUGGAGAUGUGGAAGCCAUCGUAAGGAUGGUAGAAUUACUAGAUAGGAGGAAAAGAGAUUUGAAGAAAUUACAAAGAACUACAUCUACCUCCAGUAAUAAUAAUGGAUUGGGAUCAGAAAGAGCAAAUAACAGCACCAAUGCACAUCAUUCUACAUCAGUUUCACAAUCUCUCUCCAAAUCCCAUUCAAAUUUAUUAAUGGAUGAACUUAAUAAUAUAAAGGGAAGAAGUUCAUUGAGACGGGUACCAAGUCGGAGACCAAGGAGGCAUACCAUCAUCACAGGCUCUCAACCGUUGCCAUCGCCAAUUAGUUCUACAAAUUUUUUUGAAAUGAAAAAUCAACUCUUACAAUCAACUACAUUUAAUAGUCAGGACGUUAGUACGGGGAGUAUAUCGAGUGCUGCAGCCAGUUUUUCUUCAUUCCAAUGGAAUUCAGGCGCAUCACAAACAAACUUGGCAAGUCAUAAUCCCUUCAUAAAACCAAAUCUGAUCCCCAGCACGGUAACGGAUUCUCUGGGUAUUGAGGAUGAAAAUUUAACAAAUUCGUUAUCAUCUUUUGAAAUAUCAGAAGCAAUCGAUGAGGAUCCAAUCCCUAUAACAGCAGAUACGAAUACAGACGUAAAUACGAGUACGAAUCCAAUGAAUAAUGAAAACAACGUGAUAGAAAUUAAAAUCGCCGAUCUAGGAAAUGCAUGCUGGUAUGACGAGCAUUAUACAAAUUCUAUUCAAACAAGAGAAUAUAGAUCACCAGAGGUUCUCCUUGGUGCGUCAUGGGGGUGUAGCGCAGAUAUUUGGUCAACAGCAUGUUUAAUAUUUGAAUUAAUUACUGGUGAUUUCCUUUUUGAACCAGAGGAAGGUCAUUCCUAUACCAAAGAUGAUGAUCAUAUUGCACAAAUAAUUGAGCUAAUGGGUGAUUUUCCUGAAAGUUUAUUAAAGGAUGGAAGGUAUACGAGAAAUUUUUUCAAUAGCAAAUAUCAAUUGAGAAAUAUCUCAAAAUUGAAAUUUUGGCCCUUGAAGGAUGUAUUAACAGAAAAAUAUAAAGUGGAUCCUAACGAGGCAAGACAAAUUGCCGAUUUUUUACUACCUAUGUUACAAUUAGAUCCUAAAAAGAGGGCCGAUGCUGGAGGGCUGGUGAACCAUCCUUGGUUGAAAGAUACUUUGGGUAUGGAAGACGUCACAGUCAUGGAUAGAAGGCUGUACGCUAGUGGAGAAGAUAUUCCUGGGUGGUCCCACGAAGUGACAGGUCACAAAAGACAUUGA